CACGCGGCGGUUUAACCUCCGUUCGCUCCCGACAGAAUCCCUUGUAUUCGUCCUCAAAAGUUUGAUAUCGGUUUCCACUGUGUGGACUUAGUGUUGUUAGUGUUCAGUGCAUGUUUUAAAGUUAUAAUCGUCGUCGGCCCCGUCGUUUUUCCCCGUUCACGCCGGUAUGGAGGCCGGAUGGGCCCGGAUGGUCCGCGGUGGAAGCGGGGGGUGUCGGUUUUUUUUUGGUAUCGGUCAAAUUUGUUUUUUUGCUAGUUGAGCAAAUAUUGGUUAUAUGUCUUCUUUGUACGUGUUGGUCAAUGACCAAAAGCGAAGAUCCUCGACGGAAGUCGGCAAUGGGCGAAUGAUCCUAGCAGUCGAGCCCAACAUUUUUUUUGUGAAACGCAUACUUGAACUUGAUUCCAACUGUAUUAGUGAAACGCGUUAUUGAAUAGAAGUUAUUGUGAUUAUAAGGAGCUGUUGAAAAUGCAGGCUUUACAAGAUGUAUCCAUUUCUAAAUUUAAAAAGAUUGAGAAGAAAUUGAGGAAAUUCCAACACAUAAUUAAGAAAGAUGUUGGAAUUAUGUGUACUGCAAUUCCUACUAAGAAUUUAGUCAUUUGUAAUGCAGGGUUGGUGAAUGGAUUAACUGAGGAGACAGUAUUUCAUCAUUUUAUUCAAUUUGGAAACCUCACAAAAAUUUGUCUCUUAUCAGGAAAAUCUUGCUGUUUUUUAUCUUACGAAAAUUGUGAGGCUUCUGUAAAUGCAUAUAAUGCUUACAAUGGAAAGUUAAACAUAGCACAACAGGACAAACCUAUUUACCUCCUUUUUACUGAAAUACUGCCUAAUUUUAAGGAAAGCAAAAUAUGGGAACCAGAAAAGUAUCCCUCAGGUUUAACAAUUUUAAAAGAUUUUGUUACAAUGAAGGAAGAGGAUGAGUUACUAAAAUUGUGUAAUUUUGAAGAGUCAGAGUUGGGAAACAUGAGGCAUAGGCAUGUUAAGCAUUUUGGUUAUGAAUUUAGGUAUGACAUCAAUAAUGUGGACAAGGCAAAACCACUUGAAGCAGAGGUUCCAACAGAAUGUAGUUUCUUAUGGCAAAGACUAUUGCAUACAGAUUUAGAAUGCAAAAAUUUUAUGCCAGAUCAGUUGACAAUUAAUCACUAUACUCCUGGUCAAGGAAUACCACAUCAUGUGGAUACUCAUAGUGCUUUUGAUGAUCCCAUUAUCUGUUUAUCCUUAAAAUCUAGUAUCGUGAUGGAAUUCAGAAAUGAAAAGAAACAUGUGUGUGUUUUUUUACCUCAAAGAUCUCUUCUUGUAAUGUCUGGCGAAACUCGUUAUAACUGGACUCAUAGCAUAAUUCCCAGAAAAUAUGAUGUUAUUCCUACCCCAACAGGGUAUACAUCUUAUAAAAGAGGUACUCGCAUAUCAUUUACCUUUAGGAAAAUAGCAACUAGUGAAUGUCAUUGCAUUUUCAAUAGUAAGUGUGAUUCAUACAAAAAGCGUCAAGAAAUCAAUAACAUUACAGCUGCCACUUUGGAAAAUUUGCAUGUUCGCGAGGUAUACAACUCCAUUGCCAAUCAUUUUAGUGAUACCAGACAUAAACCUUGGCCGAAUGUUUUAAAAUUUGUCGAAUCAUUUGAAAUAGGAUCAAUACUUAUUGACCUUGGAUGUGGAAAUGGAAAAUAUUUGGCAAGAAACCUCAAUAUAUUUGAUGUAGGUUGUGAUAGCAGUUUUGAGCUGGCUAAAAUAUGUAGUGAGAGAGGAUUGGAAAUAUUUAUUGCAAAUUGUUUAAACAUUCCACUUAGAAGUGAAAUUGCAGAUGGGAUUAUAAGUAUUGCUGUUAUCCAUCAUUUGGCCAAUGAGGCUAGAAGAUUACAAGCAUUAACAGAAAUAGUGAGAUUAUUAAAAACUGGCGGAAGAGCUUUAAUUUAUGUAUGGGCCAGAGAUCAAUUAAAAGAUUGUGAAAAAAGUAGUUACAUUAAACAAAACAGAAAACAUAAUUCCGUAAAUGAAAACUCAGUUCCAUCCCAGGAAAUCUCCGUCUUGGAUCUAUCAUUUCAGGUUCAUACAAAUAGAACGCAGUUUCAGACAAAAGAUGUCUUGGUGCCGUGGAAAAUAAAAAACGACCAAAAAAGUACUUAUUUUCGCUACUACCAUGUGUUUGAUGAGCAGGAGUUGGAUAGUUUGUGUCAAAAAUUACCUAAUGCAGCUAUUGAAAAAAGUUAUUAUGAUCAGGGCAACUGGUGCGUGAUUAUUAAAAAAAUUAGUUCAUAGGUUGUGAGGUUUAA